AUGGCUGACGGAAGCCCGGAACGCGGAGCCAAGAGAAACGAGGACGUGCUCGCCAGCAAGCAGCUCAACGUCCAGUACAAAAGGUUCGAGAAAAUGUCUCUCACACAUUUUUCUGAUUUUGGGGAAGCUGGAAACUUCUUAGAAAGUGCAAGGAAAAAUUAUUUUGAUAAAGAGGCGGAAAUGAUUCAAAAAAAAAACCCCCGUGUUAAAUUUUCUUAAUGUUGCGCUUUUUUUUAGAACAAAUUUUCGAACGACUUUGACUUUAUUUACAUUUAUGAAUGUUUAUCGAUUUUUAAAGUAAUUUAUUGUUUAUUUUGCAGAUACUACGUCGAUGUCAAGGAGAACCAACGCGGACGUUUUAUUAAAAAUCGCCGAGGUUUCCCGAUUUUUUUGAAAUUUUUUUAGUAUCAUCAUUUUAAAUUCAAUAUCACUCUAGAAUUAAAUUUUAGCCGGAACGGAAAAAUGAGAUUUUUUUCAAAUAAAAUUCGCUUUCACUCAAAAAAAUAUUCGAAAAAAAUCUUGGGAUAUCAAAUUAAUUUUAUUUGGAAAAAAAUAAUAUCUCCUUUUAUAGCUAAACGUCUAGGUAAAGUGGCUCUAAGAACUAAAAUUAUAUCUAAAAUCAUUAUAAAAUUAUAAAAUCAACUUUUUGAAAGAUUUUUUUGAAUUUCUGUAUAGGCCCUUUGCCGGAAAGACUAUAAAUUUUGAAUUAUCAAUCACUUUCUUUGAAGAUCGACAACGUCCACAAGUCGCGGCUGGUUUUCUCGAUGAGCGCCGCGGUCAAAGUCCGCGACACCUUGUCCGGAAUGCUGGAAUAUCUCGAGCUCCUCAAGGAUUCCGACGGUAGCAACACGGAAGUUUGACGAAUAUCCCUGAAGCCAUCUAUGAUUAUUCCCUCAGAACAAGGUCCUGAAAUCGGAGUCUCUGGUGUUCGACACUCGUCGCUACUUUCUCGACCUGAAACAGAACGACCGCGGCCGUUUCCUGCGCAUUUCUCAGCUGAUCGUCGUCACGCCGCGUUCCACCCGACAGCAGGUUUCUGAAACGAAAAAUAUUCCUGACAAGAAAAAUCGAAAAUUGUGUUAACUUCUAGUUCAAAUAAGAAAAACUAAAGAAAAAAAUUCCAGUUGAAGGGGACUUUUUCUGAGCCAGGAAAAAUUGAGACAUAAUAAGAAAUUUCAUGGGAUUAUAUUAUGAAAUCAAUAGUUUUUCAAUUCAUUUUAUUUCAAAUGUUUAUUCUCCAUUCCGCAAUCUGCACGACAAAUACAAAAUAUAAAUCAUCAAAACAAUCAAAUAAAUCUAACAGCUGAUCUGUGGAAACGGCUGGAGAAAAAUAUUGUUCAUAAAAUUGCUGUCGAUUUUUACUAAAUCGAUUUUUUAGAUCGCCAUUCCGGAAGAAGGGAUCGUCGAGAUCAGGGACACGUUCGCCGAGUUCAUCGACAAGUUCUCGGCCGGAUAUCUCGAUGAGGCUUCUUCCUCUGUAAUAAUUAUCGCUUUUCUUAUCUAAAUUCCAAUAUUUUCGUUUCAGAAUAAGAACAAAGUCGUCGCCGGGGAGAAUAAACAGUUCAUUUUCGAGCCGAAUGAGAACGACCGCGGGCAAUUCGUCCGUAUCACUGAGGUUUUUUGUUUUUUCGAAAUUUCGGAUUCGAGGUUUUUUUUUCGUAGUGCUAUAGAUCUAUCAGAAUGCAAAAUUUUCUACAGGAACCCUGUAAUUUUUGUGAAUUUUAAUCGAAAUCCUGCACGAUUUGUUAUGAAGGAUCGAAAUACAAUCAAAUAUGCCUCAUUUUUCGGAAAAGACAGCAGAAAAUUCAAAAACUACGAUUAAAAUAUAUUUUGAAGCGAUUGCUAUGGGUUUUGAUGAAAAAUUAAAUAUCCUAAUUACGUGAUUUUCCCAUUAUACUUGUUGAGACUUUUCUGAAUUUUCUAUAAAAAAUCGAAAAAUGAGUAAACUGCGUAGAAGCAUACGUGUGGUAUCAAAUAUUGUUUUUCAAAAAAUUCCUUAUUUUUACUCGAGAAAAUGUUCAUUUUCAAACUUCAGGUGAAGAACUCUGGCUACCGUACGUCGAUCACCGUCCCGGCGUCGGCUCUGGAAAAUUUCCGCACCUCCAUCGACGAAGUUAUCGCCGACUUGAACAGGAAGAACGCUGAAAAGUGA